AUGUCGAAGCGAAAAUUCGGAUUCGAAGGGUUUGGCAUAAACCGCCAAACCACAUACAACUUCGAAAGAUCCCAAGCUCCACAACGGCUCUAUGUCCCUCCUUCCUCUCGCCAAAAACACGAUAACUACGAAGAUAACGACCUUGACAACAUCGAUUACGCCGAUAAUGAAAUCGCCAAAGAGAGUACGGAAAAUGAUGGCUCAGCUGCUGAAAAUGACGAGAUUGACCCUCUGGAUGCGUUCAUGGAGGGAAUACACGAGGAGAUGAGGGCAGCUCCACCACCGAAGGCUAAGGAGAAGGCGGAGAGGUAUAAGGAUGAUGAUGAAGAGGAUGAUCCUAUGGAGAGCUUUUUGAGGGCGAAGAAGGAUUUAGGAUUGACUCUGGCUCAGGAUGCGCUUCAUGCUGGUUAUGAUUCCGAUGAGGAGGUCUAUGCAACGGCAAAAGCUGUGGAUGCAGGGAUGUUGGAGUACGAUUCAGAUGAUAAUCCGGUUGUUGUUGAUAAAAAGAAGAUUGAGCCGAUUCCAGCUCUUGAUCAUAGUUCUAUUGACUAUGAGCCGUUUAAUAAGGAUUUCUAUGAGGAGAAUCCGUCGAUUUCUGGGAUGAGCGAGCAGGAUGUUGCGGAAUACCGGAAUAGUUUGGCUAUCCGUGUUUCGGGUUUUGAAGUUCCAAGGCCGAUUAAGACAUUUGAAGAUUGUGGUUUUUCUCCGGAACUGAUGAAUGCAAUUGCGAAACAAGGGUAUGAGAAGCCUACACCAAUACAGUGCCAAGCUCUGCCAGUUGUGCUUUCGGGGAGAGAUGUUAUUGGUAUGGCAAAGACAGGUUCAGGUAAGACUGCUGCUUUUGUACUUCCUAUGAUUGUUCAUAUCAUGGAUCAACCUGAACUCGAGAAAGAAGAGGGUCCGAUAGGAGUGAUAUGUGCGCCUACUAGGGAAUUGGCACAUCAGAUAUAUUUGGAGGCUAAAAAAUUUUCUAAAUCACAUGGGAUACGGGUGUCUGCUGUGUAUGGUGGAAUGUCCAAGCUUGAUCAGUUCAAAGAACUCAAGGCAGGGUGCGAGAUUGUUAUUGCUACUCCUGGGAGAUUAAUAGACAUGUUAAAGAUGAAGGCAUUAAAUAUGUUGAGAGCAACUUACUUGGUACUUGAUGAGGCUGAUCGGAUGUUUGACCUUGGAUUUGAGCCCCAAAUAAGGUCUAUUGUUGGUCAGAUUAGACCAGAUCGCCAGACUUUAUUAUUUUCAGCUACAAUGCCUCGCAAAAUUGAGAAGUUAGCUAGGGAGAUCCUCACUGAUCCCGUGAGAGUUACAGUGGGGGAGGUUGGAAGGGCCAAUGAGGACAUUACUCAGGUUGUCCAAGUUAUUCCUUCUGAUGCAGAGAAGUUGCCUUGGCUUCUUGAAAAGCUACCUGGAAUGAUUGAUGAGGGUGAUGUUUUGGUUUUUGCUUCGAAGAAGGCUACUGUGGAUGAGAUUGAAUCACAAUUGGCCCAGAAGGUGUUUAAAGUUGCAGCCCUUCACGGUGAUAAAGACCAGGCAUCUCGGAUGGAAAUUUUGCAAAAGUUUAAGUCUGGUGUUUAUCACGUCCUUGUUGCGACUGAUGUUGCUGCUCGUGGACUUGACAUCAAGUCAAUUAAGUCUGUGGUCAACUUUGAUAUUGCAAGAGAAAUGGAUGUGCAUGUCCAUCGCAUUGGUAGGACCGGUCGAGCUGGUGACAAAGAUGGGACUGCAUACACUCUUAUAACUCAGAAAGAGGCGCGGUUUGCUGGUGAAUUGGUUAACAGUUUGAUUGCUGCUGGUCAGAAUGUCUCUGUGGAACUUAUGGAUCUUGCUAUGAAGGUAAGUUUUGCAUAA